AUGGUUCUUCAUGUGGAGGAGCUGCCUAAGGACCUCUUGUCGAACCCGAGGGAUAUUUUCAAGGAGCCCAAGAACGACGACCACAACGUGCCGGUGCCGAUGGACGAGAGUGCUGGCGGUGCCGGCCUGAUGCCUGAGGAGGUUGCUCUUGAGGGGCGGCCGGUGCAAGGCGAUGAGCCUGAGUCUGGUGAGGAGGAGUUGGAAGGUGUUCGGCUCAGCGCCGACACGCAGCUCAAAGACCUCAAGGAGCUGUGCAAGAAGCUUGGCCUGCCAACCAGCGGAGGCAAGGCCAAGAUCCUCAAGAGGCUUCGUUCUCACUACGAGGUCCUGGAAAAGCAGAUGUCUACAGAGGUGGCUCGCAAGAUGUACGCCGAGGCCGAGCGGGCAUGCGUCUUGGGCCGGAGCCGGCAGAGUCCUCACAAAAGCCGGCCGGCCGAACACGAGGGAGACGAGGCGGAGGAUGGAGCCACGGAGGAGAUUGAUUACCGGGACCAGUUCGGUCUAUGCUUGGUGGCUGUUGAGUCCACCACCGGGUGGAUGCAAGCAACUCCCAUCCUGGAGAAGGGCGCUGCCUCCUUGAAGCGUGUUGCUGAACAGCUUGUUCGUUUGACCCUCCAGGUUUCCCCGGGCAGCGCGGUGGUGGUCCAGAGCGACACAGAGCCAAGCGCCAAGCAGGUGCUCAAUGCAGUCGAGGCCUGCAGGGCAAAGCUCGGCAUGGUGACUGAGAAGCGGUGGGUGCCUAAAGCCAGCCACGCCUCAAACGGGCGAGUGGAAAAGGCGAUUGACACCGUGCGGCGAAAUGCUUUGACUCUGAAGGCAUUCCUUGAGAGCCGAGUGGGUGGUGUCAUUGAGGGCCACAGACACAUCUACUCGUGGCUGUUUCGGCACUCCGCUUUCCUGUACAACAGGUUCCAUGUCAGCGUUCGCGGCGGCACUCCCCACGAAAUUCUUCAAGGGCGGCAUUACCGUGGUGCCCCUGUGCCUUUCGGUGAGGUUGUCAUAUUUUACAAAGGCAGCAAGUGCAAAGGGGAUUUGCAGUGGCAGAGAGGAGUCUGGGUCGGCAUCAAUGAAAGAAAUGGUGCCAAUAUCCUGAGCACCGCUGAGGGCACCUACGAAAGCCGUUCAAUUCGAAGACUACCUGACGAAGAAAAAUGGAGCUUGAGUGCAGUGGUCAAUGCCAAAGGCUUUCCCUGGAACUACCAAGGCCAGGGGAGAAGGAAGAGGCCGCUUUAUACCAGCGUGCGCGCUGGGGUUCCGUUGGUGCCUGACCAUGCGACGUUGCAGGAGCUUGCCCAGGCGGCAGGCAGGGCAGCCGCAGAAAGCAUUGCAGCGGGGACCCCAAAGCCGGCCAAUGUUGAUGAAGCCGCGCCGGACCCCACGUCAUCCUCUCCAAGCUCACCCUCGGCGGCAGCAACACCCAACAACCAACCGCAGCAAGAGCAACGUGAUCAACAACAACCUCCUGGAGCCGAUGCUUUGGCAGGUGGCAGCAGGCCAGUCGAUGUUAGCAACAGCCAACAACCACAGCAAGAGCGACGUGAUCAACAACAACCUCCUGGGUCCUUUGUUUACGGUAGCUUGGCCUCAGGUGGUGCAGGGUCGUCUUCACAUGCUCCAAUGGACACAGGUGGUGGGUCCCAUGCCGAAAGGCCGUCUGGUGGAGAGGCCACGCCCAAGAGGCCGCGGCUUUUGCUGGACCGUCCUCCAGGUCGAAGCCCAGGGUCAGCCGCAUCGCCAGCCAGUGGCCUGUACCCUCCAGGAUAUGCUGGUGUCAACAUGGUGGUGGGAGACGUUGGGCUGGAUGAGUCCAGUGACUUUGGCGGCUGGAGCGAAGAGCUCAAGGAGGCGAUGGUCGAUGAAAGCGAGCACGCUGGCAGCUACUACCAGGAAGUGGUGUGGGACGAUGAGGCGGAACACGCUCCCGAGCUCACGGAGGCAGAGCUUGCUCCGGUUGAUUCCCAAGCCGACCGAAAAGAAGCAAGUCGUUUGUUGGAGAUGGGGGUCAUUCGUUGGCCCCGUGAAGGCGAGGACCUCACCGAGUACCAGUCGUUGACGACUUUCGAGAUUGGAGGUGGAGGCCAAAUUGGGUGA